GGAGCCGUGGGACGAGGGCGGCGGUGAGUUCGAGGUGGCAGACUGACUGGGGCGAGCGUGCUGUGGCCCUUCCCUGCGCUGCCUCAGGGUGCCUCCCGCUCGCCGGGACUGAGUUCCGCGCCGGCGUGGCCUGCUGGGUUCCAAGCGCCAGGAGUCGGCGCAGCCGCUCUCAGCUUUGGGGACGGGACCGAGAAGCGGGGUGUGGGCCUCACGGGACUGUCCCCCCUGACCUCGGGCAGCGCUGGGGCGACAGAGGGCAGGCGGAGGCUCGCGGGGACCACCAGCACCCCCGGACCCGCUCAGCCGUCCCUGUUCACAGGCGCCGCCCCCAGGAGCCUCGGCAGGGGCCUAGGACGCCCCGGUGUGCAGAAGAGAAGCGGGAUCAGGUUCACGCACACCCGCGAUCGAUCGUAACUUUUGUUUUGUUUUGUUUUGAGACACAGUCUCGCUCUGUCGCCCAGGCUGGAAUGCAGUGGCGCGAUCUCGGCUCACCGCAACCUCCGCCCCCCCAGCCCCCGCUCCCCGCCCCCCCCCCCCCCCAAGCGAUUCUCCUACCUCAGUCUCCUGAGUAGAUGAGAUUAGAGGCGCCCGCACCCACGCCCGGCUAAUAUUUUAUUUUAUUUUAUUUUUAUUUUUAUUUUUUUGAGAAGGAGUCUCGCCCUGUCGCCCAGCCUGGAGUACAGUGGCACAAUCUCGGCUCACUGCAAUCUCCGCCUCCUAGGUUCAAGUGAUUCCCCUGCCUCAGCCUCCUAAGUAGCUGGGAUUACAGGCACCCGCCACUAUGCUCGGCUAAUUUUUGUACUUUUAGUAGAGAUGGGGUUUCGCCAUGUUGGCUAGGUUGGUCUUGAACUCCUGACCUCAGGUAAUCCGCCCGCCUCUGGCUACCAGAGUGCUGGGAUUACAGGUAUGAGCAACCACACCGGGCCAGACUUAACUUUUAAAGUCACUGGUAACCCAUGCUUCCUGGAGUUGCAUCUGGGGACACCCAGUGGGGAAACCCAUCGCAUUUGAUACGCCUUUAUACACCAUGCUCAGUUCAGGCGAGGGGAGGUCACAGCCAAGAGCUAGGGGCCAGCUGAUAAUGUCGUACUUGAUUCCAUAGUCAAAGAAGGAGCUGGGUAAUCAGCAAAAUUGUAACUUUUGAUGAACCCAUCAGAUGGCAGCCAUUUAGCCAGAAAUCUAAGGAAAGAGAGGCCUCCAAGACCCAACCAUGAACAUGAGAAGGGGGUUCCAUACAAGCAGAUAAGAAAACAGUUUUUUUGUUUGUUUGUUUUUUGAGAUGGAGUCUCGCUGUCUCCCAGGCUGGAGUGCAGUGACGCGAUCUCGGCUCACUGCAAGCUCCGUCUCCUGGGUUCACGCCAUUCUCCUGCCUCAGACUCCCAUGUAGCUGAGACUAUAGGCGCCCGCCACCACGCCUGGCUAAUUUUUUGUAUUUUUAGUAGAGGCGGGGUUUCACCAUGUUAGCUAGAUGGUCUCGAUCUCCUGACCUCGUGAUCCGCCUGCCUUGGCCUCCCAAAGUGCUGGGAUUACAGGCAUGAGCCACUGCGCCUGGUCAAGAAAACAGUUCUAAUGUCCACACCACGUGUGGACUAAUGUGAGGGCAUAGAGCUUCUAGGAGCAGCAGAAACAGGAGAUUUUGCACCCACUCUGGGCCCUUCUCCACCAGCGUUCACUGGGGGCUUGUGGUAAAGAAUGGGGCAGAGCAGGAGACCAGAACGCUUUUACCGUGGUGCAGACCUGGAAGAAGAGAUGGCUGCUCUGGCUCGAUCCUGUCUGGAUCCUUCUCUCUAGCAGUACAAAAACCUUAAACCAUUGGAAUAUGGACAGCAAAUCCUGUCACUCUGGGCACCGGUGAAAACCUGUUUCAGCCGGGGAUAGAGAAAAGGAUGGCGUCCCAUGCAGAGUGCCGUCCUCUGGGAGUGUUUGAGUGUGAACUCUGUACCUUGACAGCUCCGUACAGCUAUGUGGGACAGAAGCCCCCCAACACCCAGUCGAUGGUCCUCCUGGAGGAAAGCUAUGUCAUGAAGGAUCCCUUCACCUCCGACAAGGACAGAUUCCUGGUCCUCGGCUCGUGCUGCAGUUUGUGCAGCAGGCUGGUGUGUGUGGGCCCGGAAUGCAGUUUAUUCUACUCCAAGAGAUUCUGCCUCCCUUGUGUCCGGGAGAACAUCAGUGCUUUUCCUCAGGAAAUUCGGCAAGACUUGGAGAAAAGGAAAGCUCCAUCAAAGAGGACCCCCAGCCAGCCCGGUUCUCGGAUGUGAGUGCAACUGGGGCUAGGUCAUCGGGCGGCACCCUGCACAGAGCUCCUGGGCCAGCCUGCGCCGGGGAUGCUGCUGAGCUGGUAGCCACCAUGCCUGGCCUUGUUUCUGGACCAUUGGGAGCAGCACUGCAGCCCAGGGGAGCUGGAGUCCAGCUUGGAGCAGCCACAGGCCCAGGGAGCUGUAGCAAGAGGGUAGCCCAAAGGCAGAUGCCAGACAAGACACAGCCAGGAACCCGGCCAGGUCCCCCCACAUGCCCCUCAGGGCCCAGGCCUGAGUGAGUGCUGCUCAGAUGUGACUGAGAGGGAUGACCUCCUUCAGCAGGGCAGCUCCUAAGAGGCUGCGUGCAGGUGCAUGUGGGGGGAGAUGCCACACUGUGUCGGGGCCAUGGUGCACUGUAGGUGGCUGCAGUGGUCUCUCUGUAAGGAAAAUCACUGACAGCAGCUCCUUCUGGAGCCAGUCUGGAAGGUCUAGAGGGGUAUAGAAUUUUUAUUUCAUAUCCUUAUGUGGUGCUUGGAAAAUGUUUUUAACCUCGACCAUGUAUUAUGUUUAUAAUUAAAAACCCAAAGAACCAGCUCAUGUUUGGAAAAGGAAUCUUCCACUGAAACAUUUGGAUACCCGACGUUCUCCCUGGACACUUGGCCCGGCAAUAGUUGGGGUCUCCUGGGAAGCUGAGUGCUGGCUUCUAGCCUCUCCAGUUCCCUCAGACUCUGGCUUCAGCUCGGGCCCCUCCGUUCUGUCUCUCUCGAUUCCAAGUCAGGAAUGCCGUGGGCUUCCUGCCCUCACCCCACACCUCAAGACCAUCCCACUGCCUGCCUGCUUGCCCCCUGCCAUCUCGCACUCAGCCCUGGGUGCCUGUGAAGCCUGGCCCCACUGCCUGCCGGGGGUUCCUGCAGCACCCCCUACUCCAGGCUCCCCAUCUCCCUGAAGCUUCCAGGGUAGCAGCUGGUGGGACACUGAUCUGUGAGCUCUGGAAUGUCUGCUUAGAAUUCUGAGAGGCAGGAACUGCUCUGUCUUUGUAACUACUCAAGGCCAACUGUCACAUGAAGGAAUGAAUAAAGAGUUUUUACUGA